AACUUAUUAAAUAGAUAAUUUAUGUUCUGAUUGCUACCAGCGGAAAAACAAGAAUGACAUUGGGAGGUUUUUCGCAGAACAACGCAGGCCGAGCAGGUCAGCUGGAGAUCUUCCUGAGGGAACAGUGGGUCAAAGUGGAGGUGAGGCUGAACGAGGAGUCCCUCACAGUCCAGGCCGAACAGACGUCCGAACAGUCCACUGGCUCUUCUCAAGGGCAAGAGGGUGGGCCUGGCGGGGGAACGACGGACAAUCUGGUGGCCUCUUACCCCACCCCAGACGAGAACACGCCUGAUGCAGUAUCCAAUCAGAAGAGGUAUGUGAAAGUGGUGAAGGAAGAGGUGGGUGGUCUGGGCAUCUCGAUCAAGGGAGGAAAAGAAAAUAACAUGCCUAUUCUGAUCAGCAAGAUCUUCAAGGGACUAGCAGCUGACAAGACCAAUGCACUGUACGUGGGAGACGCCAUUCUGUCUGUGAACAACGAGGAUCUCCGCAAUGCCACUCAUGAUGAGGCAGUCAGAGCUCUGAAGAGAGCGGGCAAGGAAGUAGAGCUAGUUGUGCGAUAUCUCAAAGAGAUUACACCCUACUUCAAAAAGAAUUUCCAGCUGGACGGAAUUGGCUGGCAACUCGACAACAGACGACCCAUGUCCAAACCCGCUCCCUCGGGCGACAUCAAAAUGAUCCCCCUUGCUUGGGCUAUCCUCGGCAGACCCUCCAACGAGUUCUUCGGGGGUUCCGAGGGUCUAGACGGACUCGGAAAUAGCAGCAUGUUCGAACUGAAAGCACCAGACGAGAGAUUCUCGGUUAUUUUCAGAUGCAGAGACACGCAGCAGGCCAAUGCAUGGUUCAAUGCCAUUCAGGGCAAUUUGUUAGCUGUGAACGAACAGUGCGCAAGAGAAGCUAAUGUUCUUCUGGCAAAUUCUGACUUUCAGAAGCAGAUUAAACUCAUGGGCUGGCUGCAUGAAAAUGUUGUGGACCAAGUGAGUGGAUCGCAGUCGUGGCGUCUGGUGUUCGGGGCCAUUCUGGACCACGAUUGGAACCUCUACCGGACCCCUCCCACCACGGCGGAGGAGUGGGCCAAGCCCAUGACUGAACACAGACUCAUUUGCACAAGACUAGUGCACAGUGGUGCUCCGAGUGCGGAGCGGAAGACGAACUUCUACACGUUCACCACGCGCACAGGCACCAGACACGGGGUGGAGGGCCACGUGAUGCGGGUAGAGACCCAGCAGGACUCCUCAAUGUGGACCAGAGGCAUAGUGGAGGGCGCCCAUCUGUCAGCACAGACUCUGGAGACUGUACACAUCAAUGUUGUAUGGCGUGGCAGUGCGUGCGUUCUGACAGUGCAUUAUGAGAAUGGCUUCUUCCUCGACGACCAGGCCUCCUCUCAGCAACUGUGGCAGUAUCCCUUCGAGAGACUCCGCUACUCCUCCGACGACUCUCAGAGACGACUCAUCCUCGAUUUCGGAGGACAGGACGGAGAACACGAUAUCGACGUUCAGACGAAUCCGAAACCACUGGUAUUUAUUAUUCAUACUUUUCUCUCCGCCAAGGUCACAAGGCUCGGUCUCAUGGCAUGAAUAGUGCAGUGCUGAAAGAUACCAAUCGACCGUCUGAUAAAAAAAGUAACCUACAAUUGGCAUCACUAGCCAGUUUGUUCGAUUGAAUUAUUAACUAAUUUGCUGAAGACAAGUGAACUUCACUGCAUUCCAAAUUGUGCAUUUAAUCGUGCAGUCUCGUAUAGUUCAAUCUAUUUUCAAUUAUUUUUACGCGUUUCAUCUUUGUCACAUUCUGGACUAUUUGUUUUUAAAAGUUGUAUAUGCUUGAGAUUUUAGGUUAAUCUGUAAUAUUUUAUAUAAUUCAUCACUUUUAUUGUCAAUUUACUUGUUAGAUUAACAAGGCAGUGAAAUGUAAAUUAUGGAACCAAAAGCUUUUUAAUUGCUAAUUUGUAAUAAAAUUGAUAUAGUUUAAUUUUUUGUACUUACUUAUUUGUCAAUUUUGCAUUAAAAUGGAUAUUCGUGGUUCUUUUGUAAAUUGCCCGAUUGAGAAAUCAUGAUGAUGGUUUAUGCCUG